GCGGACUGCAGAACCGUGACGUAGACAACAUUGUAGAGCGCGAUGUUUUGAACUUUUACUUUGUUUAGCGCGUUGUGUAGCUUUCUUUUCCUCAUUUUCUGGCUUUCUUAGUUUGCUUUGUACCAUGGACACUCGUCAUGGUAGCUUUCCAGAUGGUCACACUGGAGACUCAUUUCCGCAAAAUCGGAGGCCAGCAGAUUCUCCAACGACGCGUGCAUUGAAGGACAUAGCUUUUGGAAGCAUUGCAGGCAUGGUCGCAGAAGUCUUUGAAUACCCUUUUGAUCUAGCGAAAGUUCGAUUACAAUCACAAAUAUUGGAUAAUAGCGCACGGUUCGGUGGCCCUUUAGACUGUCUGUUGAAAACAUGGUCUGAGGAAGGAAUACGGGGAUUGUAUCGCGGUCUUCCAGUUCCUAUCUUUGGCUCAAUGGCAGAAACAGCGGCACUUUUCGUUGCUUACAGCCAAAUCCAGAGUCUGAUACGAUGGUCAAAUAAUGCCCCCCAAUCAAGCGAGCUGAAUAUAUCCCAACUGGGGCUGGCGGCAGGCGGCGCCGGUUUUCUUACUAGCUUUAUCCUAACGCCCAUAGAGUUAGUGAAAUGUAAAAUGCAAGUGCAGAUGCUUGCAGCACCGAUGCGAAUACCCAGUUUCCACACUAGCCCGCCAUCCUUCACCCUUACAACAAAUCCCAUAUUGGAGUCCCAUGCAGAACAGCAUGCAGUUAAACCUACACCUAGAAAUUUCCCUGGCCCUUUGGCUAUAGUUUCCAAGAUUAUCCGCACCGCUGGGCCUAAAGGUCUCUGGGUGGGCCAUGUUGGGACAAUGAUUCGGGAAACAGGGGGUACAGCGGCAUGGUUCGCCUCAAAGGAAUUUAUUGCUUCUCUUCUACUCGCACGACGUACAUACACCGCUCCGCCGGACCGGCCUCUACAGUUUGACAUGGUCGGGGCAACGAAAGGUUCGGCCACUUCACUAGCACCAUGGGAAUCUGCUUUGUCUGGAGCACUGGCUGGGGGUAUAUGUGUUUUGGCGCUCUAUCCUGCAGAUACGGUGAAAAGCGCCAUGCAGACUGUGGAGGAACUCCAACCGCCGGAUACGUUCACCCCCACCGGUCAGCUUCGCAGGCCCCAUGACUCCUUCAUGCGCACUGCACUCAAAAUGUAUAAAGCGCAAGGAUGGAGAGGGCUGUAUGCUGGUUGUGGUAUGACAGUUGCGAGAGCGAUUCCUUGUAGUGGAAUCGUUUUUGUUGUAUACGAUGGUUUGAACCAGAGGUUUGGCUUGUGAAGACAGGUUGAUGGGUGAUCUUUUCAUCGUUCUAUUUGUACAUUCUUAUCUUCCCCAUAUUCAAGGAAACUUAUCACGUAUGUAGACGCACAUCUGUACACAUCAUAAUUACUAGUACAAGUAGACUUUCAUUAUUUAGAGAACCCCACUCAUGAUCAAUAUAACGGUACUUAUUUUGCAUUG